AUAGUUUGAACCAUCGUUAAAUACGCGAGCAAGUGUAACUAGGCAUCCAUCACUCAUAAAGUGAUAGGUUAAUUGUCGAAGUAUUAGACAAAAAUUGUUAAGCGUUUUUUGAUCAGUCUUCACUACAUCGCCAACACUGAAACUAUCUACCAGCUCAAGUAUGAUCACGAAAAGGAAAAUGGUAUACCACAACUUAUUGCUCGUCUUCUUCGUAUUGACCAAUAUUCCUGUUCUGAUGGCGGUGGGUGAAAAUGGAAAAAAUGUUGUGGAUCAAGUUAACAACCCAAAGAAUCAAGAGGAGAAACGAGAUGAAGCCAUGGAGGCAGAUAUUCAGACUCUAAAAAAUGGACUAAUUGAGAAAGCAAUCUCCACUUUUAAAAGCGAGGGAGGUUUGGAUGCUGGUCAGAUUCAGCUAUUAGUAUUGAGUUACCAUUUAAGUAAAGCCUCCUUAGUCUAUAAAGUGGGGAUAUUGUCCGUGACGGGAGAAUUCAUGAAUGCCAAAGGUUGGAAGAAUUGUGAAGACGUGAUAAAUGGAUUGACAGAAGCUACUACAAUUAGGUUCAGUGAUGUAAAAGAACGCUUACAAGGGAGUUCUGGUGAUUCCUUGAAAACACUUGAAGAUAUCUUCGACAAUGAAAUUAAGAAAGCGCUUAAAAAGUCAUACUCCUAUGAGUUUUCUAAUCACUGCAAAAAAGCUAAAAUACCCAUGAAUCCAAUGGAGGAAGAUAUUCAGACUCUAAAAAAAGGACUAAUUGAGAUAGUAAUCUCCACUUUUAAUACCAAGGGAGGUUUGGAUGCUGGUCAGAUUCAGCUAUUAGUAUCGAGUUACCAUUUAAGUAAGACCUCCUUACUCUAUAAAGUGGGGAAAUUGUCCGUGAAGAAAGAAUACAUGGAAGCCAAAGGCUGGAAGGAUUGUGAUGACGUGAUAAAUGGAUUUACGGAAGCUACUACAAUUAGGUUCAAUGAUGUAAAAGAACGCUUACAAGGGAGUUCGCCUGAUUCCUUGAAAAAACUUGAAGGUAUCUUGGAAAAUAAAAUUAGGGAAGCUCUUUAAGAUUCAUACUACGAUGGUUUUCAGAGUCACUGUGCUGGAAUUCGCAUCAAUCCAAAAAAAUAAUCACAGCAUAU